CCUAAAUAUUUUAAAGCAAGUUUUUCCGUGCGCGACUUUCAGAGACUUGUUUUGUUUGUCUCGGAACUUGCUCUUUUAAACAAUAAUUAACCAUAUUCACAGUCAUAUUUCUCAAAGACUAAAAGGGGCCCUUUUCUAAGAAAUAGAUCAGAACAUUCGAUGAAAAUAUAAAAUUUGUUACUUUCUGAUUUUAUUCUUUAAAUAGAAAAAUAAAAUAAAAUAAAUUAGAAUUUAAAUUCUAUAAUAGAGAAAUAAUUGGGGAAUAGAGGAAUGACAGGGGAAUAAGAGAUGAAUAGAGGAAUAGUGGAAUUGAGGAAUAGGGAACAGCGGAAUAGAGGAAUAGCGACCGACCGACCGGAAUACAUUUUGAAACGUUCCCUAAGUACAUUAAACAUUUCUCUACAGAAUGAAAAGUGUCUUGGCUCUGAAUGUUGAUUAGGUAUGAAAAUACAGCUGUCGUACAAACAGCUCCAAAAAGGGAUGUGACAAAAAACGGUCAAAAGUAUCACACCGUGACGGUUUUUCUGAUUUUUCUUUGAUUAAUACAGAUUAAUUAGAAUAGUUUCGAACUUAAUAAGCUAUCACAUCUUGUAGAGCAAACAAUUUUCUACAAACUGGUAUACUUGUUGAAUUUUUGCAGUCUUUAAGCACGUUUUUCAGAUAGCUCCAAAAUCGAUUUUUGGGGCUGUUUGUACGACAGCUGUAUUUUCAUACCUAACCAACAUUCAGAGCCAAGACACUUUUCAUUUUGUAGAGAAAUGUUUAAUGUACUUAGUUAUGUAGUUGCAAUUUUAGAUUAGUCUGUAGCUUUACUGCAAUAAUCUUUUGAAAAAGAGCGAAAAAAGGAUACCGUUAGCUGGACAAGCCGGUCCGUUCUCCAAAGGAGAUGAAAGUUUGAUGUUUAUUUUUAUAGAGAGAAUCCUAGGGGAAAACGGACCUCGGAAGUGUUGGUGUUCACAUAACUGAAAUGUGGGAUUUAUAUAGUCUUAAUUUCUUGUUAAGAAUAGGCAAGAAUGUUAAUAGGUAAGACUGUAGAAAUAUAGUCGCGCCAGUGAUUUUGCCAGAACACUUGCUGUAAAGGUCACGGAAGUUUUCACACUUUUUGUUCCACAGGAGCAACGUUGACAAACUUUUUUUCUUACCUUAAAGCACUAUUCUGUUGUUAAGCAUAAACUUAGAAAAACAGUUAAAUUUAUCAGAUGAAAUUUACAUAGCUUAUUUGUCCUCUUAUUUUGCUCUUUACGGGAUCUAACAUUCCAUUUACUACUAACUGAAGCAGUUUUCAAGAUGAAGUGAGAUUAGGGGGUAAAGCGUUCAUUUUUCAAAAAUGAACGCAUUUUUUAUUUCAUAUUUUUCUAGGUUUUUAUGUGAGUACGACUCAAUGUGAUUUGUGCAUGAAAAAAACUGAUUGUGAUAUGUCAGUAGUUUGACACCUUUACGUCAAUAAUAAUAUUAAAUAUAAAACAGAAUUAAAUAUUAUAUGAAGUAAACAUUUGCUUUAUAUUUGCGUUACGAUUCAUUAAAGUACAGAAAAAGGAAGAGUAAAUUAGCACUAAGUAUAUAUGACUAUAUAUGAGCCGGAUUUACUACUUAGUAAUAGUCGUAGUCAGUUUUCUCCUCUACCCACUAAAUUAAAGGUAAAUCUUGAUUCAUGUGCAUGUAAAGGCUAUUGAGUAAUAAAUAACUAAAGCAUACAGAAUUGUUGUUUUUCUACGUCAGUAGAAGAAAAAGGAAUCGAUGAUUUGCAGUGAAUAAAAUGAUAGAAAGAAAAAGAGAAUAGAAGAAAAUCAGAUAGGAUGUCACAAUUUUUCAUCUUUUAAAGAAUAAUAAAUUCUGAAUUCAAGUACGUAAAAACGAGAAAGAACAACAAAAACAGCAAGCAUAUAAGAAAAAAAGCUAUUUUUCAAACUUGCUCAAACUUUUAACGUUGUUUAAGACGUGUUUAGAAUGGCCAAUACAGAUUACACUAAUACAGAAAAAACAGGUGGUGCAGUAAAUCCGCCACAAUAUCAAACAUUUAACCAUUCAGUACAAAAUCCACAACAACAAACGUUUUCACAAAUGCCCCCACCGCACGGAGUUACUGUAGGUCAACCAGUGCCUAUCUACGUUGCACAACAGGUUCCAUUUCUGGGUGAACACUCGGCAUCGAUCACUUGCCCAUCAUGUCAUGCUCAAGUAUUAACACGCGUCGACUACAAGAACGAGUUACAAAAUCAUUUAUGGCAAGAAUAUAAUAAUCUUGGAAUGAAAGAAGGUAUAUGGGCACCACGAUUAUCAAAAUCUUUUGCGAAACAAUAUUAUACAUGUCGCAUGUUGCGCACGUUUUCUUAUCAGAAAUUAAGAAAACAUGCGCAGCAUGAAUACAAAGUCGUUCGAAGCAUCGAACAUCUAAUACGUCAACGAUCGGAUAUUGUUGUACGUCGAACAGAUAAAAGUAGAGUAUUUUAUGUUAGUAAAACAGAUGAAUUUGCAGGUAAAGCAGAAGAAUAUAAGCUAAAAACUGAAGCUUAUGAAGAAAUUACAAAUGGUCGAUUAACGAAACUAGCUCUAACUCAAAAACAAGCUAAUCGAUUAUCUACAAAAUUAAAUAAUUUAGAAUUAGGUCAUUAUUCUGGUUUACCUAAACUGCAUAAACAAUACCCGUUUGAAUGGGAACAAGAUUUAAUUCGACAUCAAGAAAUACAUAAUGGAAUUUAUGGAAGAUAUAUCGAUGAUAUUUUUAUGACAACAAAUCAAACCAUUGAAGAAAUCAAUGUUAAACUUGAAGAAGCAAACUCCAAAAAUAUUAAUAUUAAAAUUAUACCUAUCAUAAAUACAUCUCAUAAGCCGACGACUGAACCUUAUAUUUUGCCGUAUACAUCCGAUCAUCCACAUCAUGUACAUCGUAAUAUUCCAUAUGCAGCAUUAUUAGAUGCUGCUUGCAUUUGUUCACAUGUUCAUGAUUUUAACUCAGAACGUAUUCGUAUUGAUAUGUCGUUAUUAUUGAAUAAUUAUCCCCCCAAUUGUGUUUCUAAACAAUUUAAUCGAUUUUUUAAUUUAAAUGGUGCAAUGCCUGUAUUAAAUCAAUUACAUGAACAAGUUUAUUAUCGUUUACAUCAAAAAUUAUUAUAUCAACUUACACGUCAUGAGAAACAACUUCACAUUAUGAUGCAGGAUCCAGUGAUAAGUCCAGUGGUAUUACAAGAAAAUAUAUGGAACUCAGAAAUGAUGUAUUUUAUACAUGGUGGAAAACAUAUUUUGCAUUUCCCGAAUCCCCAGUUGAAUCUGUUAAGGUUCAACUAG